AAUCCAUAACCAAAUCAGACUCCAUCUCACCAGUCGGUCAGACACUCAGUCUGAAGUGUUCAUUUCUUGUCAGUCUGUUGGACUGACUUUGAGGCAACAGAAGGAAACUAAGAGUUUGGAAAAGGGGUCAAUGAGUACAGCUGAAGGAAGAAGUUGGGGGUGUGUAAUGGGUUAACUGCGGAAGGCCUCGCCUCACCUUUAGUGCGCGUCACCCGGCUCUGUAAAGUGGUCCCACCAUCCCAGCAGCCCAACCAAAGGAGGGCAAAUCACCGCCUCCUGCAGCCGCCAGACGCGCUUAUCUCCUCGGUCUGUCUCUCAUCCUCGUGCCGGUGUCCGCCUCUCCGCUCCAUCCGCGCACAUCCACGAGACAACGGGAAACUGAAGGGAUAAGAGUGAUUCACAGGCAUUAUGAAGGACCGAAUGCAAGAACUUCGACAUGGGAAGGAGACGGCGGAGGAGGAGGAUGAAGUCGCUGUGAGGAUGGACAAAGACUUCAUGGUUGAAUUCUUUGAACAGGUGGAGGAGAUCCGGGGUUUUAUCGAGUCUCUGGCAGAGAAAGUGGAGGAGGUAAAGAGGAAGCAUAGCGCCAUCCUUGCCUCACCUAACCCUGAUGAGAAGACAAAGACCGAGCUGGAGGAUCUCAUGGCAGACAUCAAGAAGUUGGCCAACAAAGUGCGCUCCAAAUUAAAGAGUAUACAGCAAACCAUAGAGCAUGAAGAAGGCCAGAACAAGUCAACAGCUGACCUGAGGAUACGCAAAACACAGCACUCCACGCUCUCCCGUAAGUUUGUUGAGGUAAUGUCAGAAUACAACACCACCCAGUCCGACUACAGGGAGCGCUGCAAGGGACGCAUCCAGAGACAGCUGGAGAUCACUGGGAGAAACACAACAAAUGACGAGCUGGAGAGCAUGUUGGAGAGUGACAACCCAGCCAUCUUUACGUCUGGGAUCAUAAUGGACAACAUCACAGAGCAAGCUAUGAAUGAGAUCGAGACUCGACACAAUGAGAUCAUCAAGCUGGAAAACAGCAUCAGAGAGCUUCACGACAUGUUCAUGGACAUGGCCAUGCUGGUGGAGAGCCAGAAAGUGAUCCUGAUAUCAAGUUGUAUAGCAGUGUGUCUGACUAUCCUCAUUAUUGCCCUCUCAGUUGGACUCAGUUAGGGUUUAAAGAAAUCCCUUCAGAGCAGGCGCGGCAGGAGUCGGCGCCUCCCUCUCGGGGUUAUUUCAGCACUUAAAUGUACUGUAUGGCGAUCUCUGUGGUCACUCAGAGACUGCUUUAAAAGUAGAAUGCUGGCAUAAAUAACCAGUCUGAUGGCACUCUAAUAUGUUUUGUGCACUUAACAUUUUAAAUGUUUUUUUUUUCUAAACAAAAUCUCAACUAUUUAGAGACCAGUCAUUUAUGUUUGUGUUUUGAUUCACUUACCUUCAUAAUGUGCAUGUUUUACAGUCGGUUGAAGAGCUUCGCAUGUGUUUGUCUGCUGAUAUUUAUUCAUGUUACCCGCCAACGCCACAUGUUUUACAUCUUAAAUAUGCUUCAAAGGCAAUAUGUGCAUUGUUACAGAAAAGUCAAUCAAUCAGUGAAUAGACUGAUUUCAGCUCGCUGCAUAUAUUUGGCUGUCUGACACAUUAAUCGCUUUGAAGCUGCCUCGAGGUGGCACCCAAAAUGAGGCAUCUUCAGAUUACAUACUGGCUUUAACAUGAAUACAAUUCAAAUUUCUGCAUCUGUAAGUUUUCAAAAUAUUGUGUGAUCUGGGUUGAACAAAAUGCAGGCACGUGAUAUUGUUGUUGGUUUUAAAAGGAAGAGAAUUUAGAAAUGUUCACAGUCAAACUUAGUGAAAUCAUCACAGGCAUAAAAAGGAUGUUCUCUGCCAUGCCUUGUGUUUAUCUGCUUUUCCUCUUAACUGCAUUUUGUUCGUUUGGUUAUUUAUUUUAUAACACGAACAGUAAAACUAACAAACACGUUUCUCUUUUCCCAUUGCUGCCUUGGACAUUUUCUAACACUGUGCAGAAGAAAAUAAUGAUUAUUAUAUGCUGUGUAAUUCUGGGAGUUGUUGUCGCUUCCAUCAUUGGGGGAACGCUGGCCUGAACCUCACCCACAAUCACACUGAAAGGCACACAGCCGAACACACACACACACACACGCAACAGAUUCACAUUUCCAGUGUCCUGUUCUCACGGAUGCAAUCUAAUACAUGGUUUGAACAAGGUGCGCUGCACACUGUACGACACAUUUUACACACCGUGUACAGGGCCGGAGGUGUUCCCCCGCAUGAGUUGCUAUUCUGUAAACGUGUGGUGCUGCAAAGUGUUAACCUGAGUGUUGAAUGUUGUCAACAAUAUGAUGUUUCUAAAAGUGAAUUCUUGAAUGACAAAGAUGCUAAACGAUAUGUAAAGCUAUACUAAAACAUUCCAACUUCCAGAUAUGACGCUUAUUCAGUUGUAAUGUCUAUUUUGUGUUGCACAGGCAAAAUGACCGGCCGCUAAUCUGCAGUUCACUUAAAGCCACGUUUUGUCAGAGAAUUAUCUUUAUUCAUUCCUAAAUAUUUGUACUUUUUUUUUCUAUCGUCCUCUACCUCCUUUCAGACGCUCUGCAUGAUUUUGUUGCUGUUAAGAUGUUGUUUUUCUGUUGCAAAGGGAGCUGGGAUUUUUGAUUAUUUUUUGUGGAAUCAUCACACUGUUGAACUUAAACCUUUUUUUUUUUUUAUAGUUUAUGAAAGCAACGUGACUAUAUUCACCGGUUGUGCAGCAUUUCUGACCAGUGUUGGGUGUGAGUGUGUGUGCAUGCGUAUAUAAGUUAAAGAGAAUAACUGUUCAUUUGUAGCUACAAGUUUGAAUGUGCUGAGUGUCAGUUGUCGGAUGAGAACAUGCAGUAGCCUACUUGUUAAUAGCCACCUGUGUCUUUGUUUUGUAUAGAGUGUAAACUGUUAUAAAGCUCUCUAACACUGCCACUAUGUUCAAAUAAGAUGUGAAGAUGGAGUUUAGUCUGGUAGGAUUGAUUAUUCUGGUUGUAAGUAACAACAUUGUUGUUUCAUGUGUUUUUUAUAAGCUUUAAACUGAGUGUACUAUGUGUCAUGCUACUUUAUGUUUACUUUUUUUUUUCAACUUGAUGAGUCAGUGAAAGCAUGAACUCAUGUAGCCGUCUAAAAGACUCUCAUAUCAGUUUUCUGGUAACACAUCAGACAUGCACAGAUUGCAACCAUGUUACCAUGUUGCCUACUCAACGUUUUGCCUUUGUGUUGUUUUGUGAUAACACUGUUUUAUAAGUUUGAUUUCACUUUGUUUUUGCUUUUUCAAGUAAAAUCU